AUGUCAUUGUCAAAUAAUACCAAUUUCCAUCCCAGCAUCUUUCUUCUCCUUGGCAUUCCGGGAAUGGAAGCCUUCCACAUCUGGAUAUCAAUGCCCUUCUGCCUGGUUUACCUAAGUGCUCUCCUGGGAAAUUUCUCCAUUCUGUUUAUCAUCAGAACGGAUCCUAACCUCCAUGAGCCCAUGUACUUCUUCUUCUGCAUGCUCUCCAUGGCUGACCUGAUCAUCUCUACCACAGCUAUGCCAAAAAUCCUCAGCAUUUUUUGGUUCCAGGACAGGGAGAUCUAUUUUGAAGCCUGCCUUGUACAAGUAUUUCUCAUUCACUCGUUCUGCAGCAUGGCCUCAGGGUUCAUCCUGGCCAUGGCCUUUGACCGCUACGUGGCCAUCUGUAAUCCUCUCAGACAUUCCAACGUCCUGACACACAGAGUCAUCAAGAACUUAGGGCUGGCCAUUGUUUUCCGUGGGGCUUUCCUUUUCAGUCCUCAGCCAUUCAUGCUCCGGUGGCUUCCCUACUGCAAAACUAACGUCAUCCCUCACACUUACUGUGAAUUUAUGGCUCUGAUCAAGCUCGCUUGUGCGAAGACCAGGAUCUCCAGAAUAUACAGUCUAACUGCUGCCUUCCUCACUGGGGGUUUAGAUUUCAUGCUAAUCAUAUGCUCCUAUGUUGUCAUACUUUACACCGUCUUCCGCCUUCCCUCCAAGUCUGCUCGGCUCAAGACUCUGGGCACCUGUGGAUCCCACGUGUGUGUGAUCUUAAUGGCCUAUACUCCCGCUUUCUUCUCCUUUCUUACUCACAGGUUUGGACACAUUGUGGCUCCUCAUAUUCACAUCUUGGUGGCUAACAUCCACCUCCUUGUUCCACCCAUGGUGAACCCAAUGAUCUAUGGUAUAAGAACCAAGAGAAUCCGAGAACGGUUCCUCCAAGUUUUGACUUCUCACAAACUCUAA